GGAGUAGCCACCAAAUUGACUGUCAAUUCUAGAGGAACUUUUACUUCACAUUAUGCGACUUGCAUUGGCAAUAAUAUUUGGUUGCUUCUGGGUCAAUCUUAAACCCUUUAUUUUGUUUAACAGCUAAUUUUCUUAAUUUGCAUAUACCGUUGUGCCUGUGCCCAGCGCUGCAGCUCAAGAUGCCAGCGGUAACGCAAGCCCUGGUCACGGGCGAAGGCGUCGACAUCUACGAAGCCACAGGCGAAGAUAUCGACAUGCAGUUGUUGAUGCCAGUCUUGAUCGGCUUGGAUCAACGCAAGACUACCCGCGGAUGGACUGGCGUUGGUCAUGCGCAAGCUGAGAUGAUUCACACAGCCAUGGCGCACAUGUUCUUCAGUGACUCUCCCACCUGA